AUGUCUCCAACUGCUCACUCGUCUUCAGAUAAGAAGCAAUCAGGUAUUGCCAGAGUCUUGGGAUCUGCCACUGCAGGUAUUGCUGAAAUUGGUGUAUUCCACCCUGUUGACACAAUUUCCAAGAGAUUGAUGUCAAAUCAUGGUAGAGUUACUUCAGCACACCAAUUAAACACAAUUAUAUUCAAAGAUGCUGCAUCUCAACCAUUGGUUAAGAGACUCUUUACUUUGUUUCCCGGUUUAGGAUAUGCCGCUUGUUACAAGAUUUUACAGAGAGUGUAUAAAUAUGGUGGUCAACCAUUUGCCAAUGAAUUCUUAACCAAGAAUUUCAAAGACAAUUUCGAUUCAGCUUUUGGUCCUAAAACUGGUAAGGCUUUGAUGAGCGCUACUGCUGGGUCAUUGAUCGGUAUCGGUGAGGUUGUUUUGUUGCCAUUAGAUGUCUUGAAAAUCAAACGUCAAACAAACCCAGAAUCUUUUAAAGGUAGGGGAUUUCUCAAAAUUUUACAAGAUGAAGGUUUAGGAUUAUACAGAGGUUGGGGGUGGACCAUGGCUAGAAACGCACCGGGCUCAUUUGCAUUGUUUGGAGGUAACUCGUUUGCUAAAGAAUACAUUUUCGGUUUGAAAGAUUACAGUCAAGCUACAUGGACCCAAAAUUUCAUUACUUCCAUUUUCGGUGCUAGUGCGUCAUUGAUUGUCAGUGCUCCAUUGGAUGUCAUCAAGACUAGAAUCCAAAAUAGAAACUUUGAUAAUCCAGAAAAGGGUUUCACUAUUUUGAAAAAUAUGUUCAAGAAUGAAGGUAUAACUGCAUUCUUUAAAGGGUUGACUCCUAAAUUGUUAACCACUGGACCAAAAUUGGUGUUUUCUUUUGCCAUGGCUCAAUCAUUGAUCCCUGCAUUUGAUAAAUUGUUAAGCAAAUAA